AUGUCUGCCCAGCUAUCCGUCUAUGUGGCUUGGAUCGGGACAGCGACCCGGAUUGUCCUUCCCAUUGUGGCCACCUUGUCCAUAUACCUCGUCUACCACGGCGCACUCGUCCUUUACUCAGAGAUCACGUCUCCGUUCCGUGCGAUGCGUGGGCCUCCCAAUGGAAGCUUGCUCAUGGGAAACUUCAAACAGAUGGCUGAGAAGUACGACAUCGAGGAUGCAUGGCGCCGCCAGUAUGGACGCAUCUUCAAGUUGAGGACAUUGUUCAGUGUUCCACUACUCCAUGUCCAGGAUGUCAAAGCAAUUAGCCAUAUGCUCAGCAACGGCAAUGUAUACCAGAAAUCACCAGUGUCAUUGGAAAACACAAAACAAGUGACUGGCAUAGGACUUCUGGCCGUCGAGGGAGAAGACCACAAGCGGCACCGUCGGAUUCUUAACCAAGCCUUUGGAUAUCCGCAGAUACGACUACUCACGGAGACCUUCGUCGAAAAGGCUAUUCUACUUCGUGAGGUCUGGCUUGGGCUCCUUUCGAAGAGUCCAGCGAAAGAGCAAGGCCAGGUUAUCGAUGUAUACCUCUGGCUGAGGCGAAUGACCCUCGACGUUAUCGGACAAGCUGGCUUCAAUUACGAGUUCGACGCGCUUCAGAUACGUAGCAAAAAGCCAAACGAGCUGAACGAAGCGUUCACCCAACUCUUCCAUUCACCAAGCUCCCGUUGGGGAAUAGGGUAUCGCCUUGCACGGUCGAUGGUGCCUAUACUCAGUCUUGUACCAUAUCCUGGUUUGCGCACGUUUAACCAAGUCCGAGCAACAAUGUUCCGAGUCGGAAGCGAUAUUCUUGCCAGAAGCAAAGGCGCGCUUGGGAUUUGUGUCCCUGAUGCAAGCAGAGGCGCGGGGUCGAAGGUGGGCCUGGAAGGGAAACGCGACUUGCUCUCGAUCCUGUUGCGUGCCAAUGUGGAUCCGGAUGUUCCUGCCCGCCAGAGGCUGAGCGACGAAGAGGUUAUUUCCCAGAUUCCGACCUUCCUGAUUGCUGGACAUGAGACGACAAGCACCGCUGUCUCUUGGGCUUUAUAUGCCCUCGCUCACCAUCCAAAGGUCCAACGAACUCUUCGCGAAGAACUGCUCCAGAUGUCCGCCGAGAAUCCCACCAUGGACGAACUAAACGCCCUCCCGUACCUCGACCUUGUCGUGCGGGAGUUCAUGCGCUUCCACAGCCCGGUUACAUCGGUGCAACGCAUGGCAAUGCAGGACGAUCUUAUCCCGCUCGCUAGCCCGUACAUCGACGAAAAGGGAAACUCGCAUGAGAGUCUCCUGGUGCCCAAAGGCCAGCGCAUCUUCAUCCCCCUGGCCGCCGUCAACCGGGAUCCGGAAAUCUGGGGCGACGAUGCAAAUGAGUUUCGUCCUGAACGCUGGGAACACAUACCGGACGCCGCAAGUGCAGUCCCCAACGUGUGGGCAAACCAGCUCACCUUUUUUGCGGGCACACACAACUGCAUCGGCUUCCGCUUCGCCCUGGUCGAAAUCAAGGCGCUUCUUUUUGUCCUCAUCCGCGCCUUUGAAUUUGCGCUCGAUCCAACAGCGGGUCCAACGGGUGGUAUUGUCCCCACUGCAGGCGUCCUGCAGCGCCCGAGGUCGACUGCGAAGGCCACAGAUUUGGAGUCGAGCCUACCGCUGAUGGUCAAGCCAUACUCUGAGUGA